AUAGAUUUUCAUUCUGCGUUGUUGUUGUUGUUUGGUCGGCUGCGUAAAACGCUAAUAUUUUAUACCAUUUUCGUUGUUGUAUAUUGUUCAUAUAGAAGCGAUUAUAUCAACGGUUGUUUUGAAGACAUACUGGCCUCCUCCUCGGAUUCAGAUAACGGUGGGUUGUCUCCGCCACCGCCGAAAAAACAACGUCUGGUCGCCGCCAUGCACUCUGCCAAUGGCUCCCCGUCCGCUCAGCACAAUGGAGACACCAAUGACUUUACAAACGGAGCCACGGCAAGUAAUGGCGAAAUCGCCGCCACUGAUGCCGCAGAUCAAGAUACUACUAUUAGUCCAAACGUCAAAAUAGUCAGUCAAAAUGACAAGGAAAUCGUCAGACUUAUAGGGCAGCAUCUAAGGAUGCUAGGUCUCAACCGGACAGUUGAUCAACUCAUGGCAGAGUCCGGUUGUCGCCUGGAACAUCCGUCAGCGGCGAAAUUCCGAUCUCACGUCAUGGACGGCGAGUGGGACAAGGCGGAGGAAGAUCUGGAGGAACUGAAGCCUCUUAUAGAAUCAGCAGAUGGAACUCUGAAAAUGAAAUUCCUGCUUUUAGAACAGAAAUAUCUUGAACAUCUUGAAGAGGGACAGGUGCUAGAGGCAUUACAGUGCUUAAGACAAGAACUAACCCCCUUGAAGUACAAUACUGAAAGAGUGCAUGGGCUGAGUGGAUUUCUCAUGUGUACUUCCCCAGAAGAUCUGAAGAGAGAGGCAAACUGGGCUGGUAAAGGAGCUGUUUCAAGAGCCAAAUUAAUGGAGCAGCUUCAGAUGGCCCUUACUGUUGAUUUCCCCGGAGACAGUGUUGUGCCUAAUAAAUAUAUACCGGUAUGUAAAAAUCAAGACAAAUCUUUCAACUCUUUCUCUGUAUCUAUAUACUCAAUUGCAGUCUUUCUUAUUGUGAUUAUUUACAGGAAACAUUUCCCAUGUGAAACAAGACAGAUUCUCAAUGAACAUUGUGAUGAAGUAUGGUUUUGUAAAUUUUCCCCAGAUGGUUCCAAAUUAGCAACAGGAUCCAAGGAUACCACAGUCAUUAUAUGGGAUGUUAAUUUUGACACAAAAGAACUUAGACAACUACAUACAUUUGAAGGACAUGCCUUUGGUGUUGCAUUUUUAGCAUGGAGUCCUGAUAAUAAAUAUAUCAUAGCCUGUGGCCCAGAAGAAAGUUCUGAACUAUGGAUAUGGAAUGUUGAUACUGGUGAUCUUCGAUGUAAAAUGAGUCAGUCUCCAGAUGAUAGUUUAACAUGUGCAGCAUGGAAUUCAGAUUGUAAAAGAUUUGUGGCUGGUGGUAUGAAGGGACAGUUCUAUCAAUGUGACAUUGAUGGAAAUGUUCUAGAUUCAUGGGAAGGUGUUAGGGUUCAAUGUCUAGCAACUAAGAGGGACGGUAAAACUAUUUUAGCUUCAGAUACACACCAUAGAAUAAGAGCAUAUAACUUUGAAGAAUCUUCAGACCACAAAGUACUUCAGGAAGAUCAUUCCAUUAUGUCAUUCAUAUUGAAUGAUUCAGAACGUCUAGCUGUACUCAACGUAGCUACUCAGGGUGUACAUCUAUGGGAUGUUCAAGAUAAACUCCUCAUAAGAAAAUUUCAAGGUGUUACACAAGGUUUUUAUACAAUAUUUUCCUGUUUUGGAGGCAUAAACCAGGAUUUCAUUGCCAGUGGCAGUGAAGAUAACCAAGUUUAUAUUUGGCAUCAUAAACGAGAGCUUCCCAUUGCUGUAUUACAAGGUCAUACCCGGACAGUCAAUUGUGUUACAUGGAACCCACAUGUACCUAGUAUGUUAGCUAGUGCAUCUGAUGAUGGCACUAUACGUAUAUGGGGACCAUCAACAGAAUAUCUUAUGUAUGAUUGCCAAGUGCAGGAUACACAUAGUUGCAGCAGUAGUAGUAGUAGUAGUAAUGGUAGUACUAAUGGUGCAAAUAGUGGCAGUACAUCGGUGUAGUUGGUGGUGAAAAAAACUAGCAGCAAGUCAGACCUGUUGUGCCAUAUCUAUUCCAUGGAUUGGCCAAAUAAACCCAGCAGUUAAGGAACUCUUAUGGCAGCAAAUAUUUUAUACUUGUGGAGAAGAAGUCUUUGUUUCAUGGAUUUUAUUUUAAUAUAUAUGGACCCUGUGAAAGAACUUCAUAAAUGGAAUACUUGAUGUUAGCAUGGAAUGUUAAUUCUGUGUCCCUCAUAACCAAUGUGGUUAUUUGCUGAAAUAUGCAAAAUUUUGGAUUUGUAUCGCAUUCUAUGGCUGCUCCUGUCCAGGAUGGACACAAGAAAGACUACUCACUGGAUUGACUGCACACUUCCUGUCAUUGCUGACUGAAUCCUUUAUUUAAAAAGUGCAUAUAUCGAUGGAGUAAAGCUUAUUUUAUGCAAUUUAUUGUUUUCGUUGCUCCUCCGAACACCUGGUAUUGCUGAAUGAUAUAACAUUUAUUCAGUGAGUACUUCUCAAACUGAUACGAUAUGGUACUAAAAACAUUACAGGUCUGUCUUUAGUGCUUUUAAAAAAAGUUAUAUAUCAAAUUGCAUAUUAAUUUAUAAAAGUUCAUGAUUUUAGAAUGGGAUUUUUAGUGGCUAUUUUUAUUUACUUUACCCCUUGUUUUCUGUCCUUUUGAUUAUAAGGUUUUUGUUUUUUUUCAUUUCCUUUCAUGACUACAAGGUUAGGACGCAAAGUUGUUUUGAACUAUUUUUUGUUUCCAUGAAUGUCUUCAUAGUAUUAUUGUAUUGUGUAUAGUUUAAUAUUGAGAAGAAACAUCAUAUUGUAUGGAACUUUAUGGCGAUGUUUCUUUUGUUAUGAUGUGUUAACCAAAUGCUGGCUACUUGGGAUCCCUUUGCUAAUUUGGGGGGAGGGGGUGCCUUCUUUUGUUAUAUGCUGAAUUGACCAGAUCCAUGCUGCAUAAAAAGCCUAUUGUCGUGUGUGUUUUUUAACAGCCCAUAGUCAUAGGAAUAGAUUAAAAUCCUUUAUUUUACCUUGUGUCUAAAUACCAACUGCUGGUUAACAACCCAAAAUGUCAUCCAAUAUAUCAAAUUGGUUCAGACUGCAAACAGUAGACGAGAUAAACGUUAGACAAUGGAACACUAUUGGGUAUUAAAAACAAGUCUUGUAACCCUCUCGCUCUCAAGAUCUUGGCGGAAAGUCUAUUCUCAUUAAAUCAAAUUUAUUUAGCAUAUUACAAGCAUUUUGAUAUAGAAGUGCUUGGGAACUGAUUAAAACACUAUGAGAUCUUUCCCCUACAGUCAUGGGCAAGAGUUUCUUUUGUUCCCCUCAUCCCUAACCCUAACCCUAACUUUACCCCUACCCUCCAGCACUCCCCAUUUAAUUGUACAUGCCCCUUCUAAGGACAUCUAGAGGCAGCAUAUACAAAUGAAUUUGGUAACUGGGAGUGAG